ACUCGGAAAUUCCAACACACACAAGAAAACCAGUUUUCUUCCUUUCCAACUUCCCUCCUCCAAAAAUUUCCACUUGUUCAUCUCAAAAGCGAUGCAACCAGUCCGGGCCGCUUCGACCAUCCUCUCGUCGAGGGUAAUGGCGCCGCCCUCUUAGAUUCCCCAAAUCGAGUUCAUCGUUCCUGGUCUUGUGAUCGAGAAAAAUCAAAGUGAUUCCUGUCAGCAGAAUCCUGUUCGUCAUCGACGUCUGAGAGGCUGUGUCAGAUUCCCUACAAAACGUUCCUCUCACGCUUCAACUUUGGGGUUUCCCUUCUGACUGUUGUACUGUGCUCUUGGGGUCAAAGCUUGGCAAUGCGCUGGGAGAGGUGGUGUCGGCGG